AUGAGGCCCCAAAUUUAUGUCUUUGCAGCUGAGAGAGAGCUGGCAGAGGGUAAUGAGGUUGGCAGCUUAUCUGCAGGCAUCAUCAGCUUCUGGGUGGGCUUCUCCUUAUUAAUUCUGUUGGUGGCAACUGUGACACUCUGCUACCUGCAUAGAGCUGCAAGAAAGGGCCUGGGCCCUCCUGCUGUUUGCAGGAGUUCUCAAUUCACACCUGAGUGACAGAAGGUAACCAUGGAGUCUUACCCCUCCAAGAACUCUGACAUACCCUUGGACUGCAUCAUCCGCCCAUUCUCAAGAGAAGACACUGUUAUGGCCAAUAUUUCUGAUCUUAUGCUGCCUGCUGACCCAAAGUGGGAAAUAUCUAGAACUCUGCUGACCCUCAGUAAUCCUCUGGGAGAAGGCUGCUUUGGCCAGGCGUUUAUGGCAGAGGCUAUUGGCAUUAACAUGGUCAGCACUGCUAAGCCUGUCACUGUGGCUGUGAAAAUGCUGAGAGAUGAUGUGAAUGACCAGGACUUGUUGGCUCUGGUGUCUGAGAUGGAGAUGAUGAAAAUUAUUGGCAAGCACAAGAACAUUAUCAACCUGCUGGGGGCCUGCACACAGGGUGGGCCACUGUAUGUGCUGAUGGAGUAUGCGACCAAGGGCAACCUACGGGAGUUGCUGUGGGCACAAAGGCCCCCAGGCAUAGACUACUCUGACACCUCCAGACUGGCAGAAGAACAGCUUACCUGCAAAAAUCUAGUGUCCUAUGCCUAUCAGGUGGCCCGGGGAAUGGAGUCCCUGGCUUCUCAGAAGUGUAUUCACAGAGACUUGGCUGCCCAAAACUUGCUAGUGACGGAGGACAAUGUGAUGAAGAUGGCAGACUUUGCCUGUGACAUGCACAACCUGGAAUACUACAAGAAGACUACAAACCUGGUCCUUUGGAGUCUUGCUCUGGGAGAUCUUUACACUGUGGGGCUCCCCAUAUCCUGGCAUGCCAGCGGAAGAGCUUUUCAAGCUAUUGAAAGAAGGCUACUGAAUGGACAAGCCUGCCAACUGCACACACGACCUGUAUGUGAUCAUGCAGGAAUGUUGGCAUGCAGUGGCUUCACAGAGGCCCACCUUCAAGCUUCUGGUAGAGGAUUUGGAUGGCAUCUUUACUGUGACUUCAACCAAUGUGAGUACCACUCAAUCCUGCCCCCUCUGCCUCCUCUGAUUCCUGUGCAUGUUGUUCCUUCAAGUUCCAGUGGUGGGAUAAACCCUCAGGGGUACAGCCUGAACACAGAUGGCUGUGGGAUCAAGGGGGUGUAUGCUAAGGUACAGUCCUAUAGCCUUUUCCACCAACAGGUAUACCUGGACCUAUCAAUGCUGUUGGAGCAUUACUUGCCAGGUGGUGAGGAUUCCAGUAGCCUUAGUUCCUUAGAGAUGACUGUUCACCCAUGA